AUGAUGACGAUAGAAGAGGUGUUCGUCUUCGUCUUCGAAGAAGAAGAAGAUGAAGGAAAAGUAGAAGUGAAAUCAGAAGCGGAAGAAGUAGUGGUCACUGGUCAGCGUCAGAAUUCGUUGACGGUGGUGACGGCAGCGGUAGCGGACGAACGGAACGGACCGGCAGCAGCAGCAGCAGUAGCGGUAGCGGUAGCGGCAGCAGACUGA